UGAGGUCCUUCUCUGUCAUGCUCAGGCCUAUAUAAGCUGUCCAGAAAGAAACACAAACUACACAGACACCUCAAGCAAUUUCCAGCCUUUGAGACACCUUCAGGAUCUUUUAACUCUCACCAUGUGGAAGGCAGCACUCUUGACCCUGGGCUUGUUGGUGGCACUCGUAGACAGGGUACGCUCCAAUGACAGCCAUCCCUCUUUCUACGGGGUGAAACUGUGUGGAAGAGAGUUCAUACGAGCUGUCAUCUUUACCUGUGGUGGUUCUCGAUGGAGAAGAAGCAUAGGAGACUCAGCUCUUAUUGGAGAAGAGGCUUUUGAUCCAUGGAACACAAAUCCUAUCCCUCAACUUACCAGUGAGCAGGAUCCUGCAUGGAAAGAUCAGACGUUGGAUGUGGCCUCUGUGGCUGCUGGAUUCAGCCGCUCAGCUCGUUCACCAAUCUCAGAGGAGGUGUUAGAGACUCUACGGAGUGCAGAUAGGAAAGGACGGGAUGUAGUGGUUGGACUGUCCAAUGCCUGCUGCAAGUGGGGCUGUAGCAAGAGUGAAAUCAGCUCUCUGUGCUGA